AUGGUGAAGUUUCUGAAACCGAACAAGGCGGUGAUAAUCCUCCAGGGGAGGUACGCCGGCCAGAAGGCGGUGAUCAUUCGCAACUUCGAUGAUGGUACCCGCGACCGCCCUUACGGACACUGCCUGGUGGCCGGUCUAGCCAAGUACCCGCGCAAGCUGGUGAACUACAACCACAUUAUGCCGACUCGUUACACCCUCGACGUGGACCUCAAGGACAUAGUAUCUAUCGAAUCCCUCCAGUCCAGAGACAAGAAGGUGACUGCCGCUAAGGAAGCCAAGGCAGGGUUCGAGGAGCGGUUCAAGACUGGGAAAAACCGCUGGUUCUUCACCAAGCUCAGGUUUUGA